UCAGUCAAUGUCGCCUUAUUCUAAAGCGAGACUACACAUAACUGAAAAUUGUAGGAGUGUUCGAGGAGUCGAUAAAAGGAAAUGAUUUUCUUUUUAUUAAAGCUUCUUUUUGUUAAUGUAUUAUUUGAUCAGCUAUCAUGUAUGGAAGAUGGUGUCUCUUACAUUAUUGGACCAGGAAAAGUUGAUUGUUUUCAUCACUCCAUCGCAAACGGAACCGUUCUCGAUUUUGAAAUGGAGGUGAUGAAAGGUGGUGAUUUGAAAGCAACUUAUAGAAUCAUAGCACCUUCUGGAAAAGUUCUCGCUGAAGAAUUUGACACCACUUCUGUGGAAAAAACUAUAGAUGUCACUGAAGAUGGAGUGCAUGACUUUUGUUUUGACAAUAAAAAUAGCAUGUUUGCUGAAAAAGUUAUCUAUUUUGACCUUGGUCUAUUUGAUGACAAUGUACAGAUGUAUCAGGAAUUGAACACUGUGCUUAAAGAUGACAAUUCAACCAGUAGUGAAACCUAUGAUAAGAUUGUGCAAGUUACCGAGGCACUUCGCAAGCAAAUGGACACAGUAAGCAAUUUGCAAGGAGUUUAUCGAGCAAAAUCAGGAAGACACAUGUACAUCCUGGACAGCAACAUUUCAAGAGUGAAUUGGUUUUCUUUUGUAUCAUGUCUUCUUAUUAUGCUUGUAGGUAUAUUGCAAGUCACCCUAGUAAGAAAUCUAUUUGCAGAGAACAAAAGGUGACAUUACCCCAUAACUUUUAGGUGUACCAUUUUUUGCAAUAUCAGUACCGGACUAUUUUGCAGCUGUUGUCUCUCAAAGUUUUUCGACAAAAUUAGAUUUGCAACAUAUAUGGAUAGUUAGAUGAAGGACAGCAACGUUUAUGUAAUAGGCAUUGAAGCAUCAUUAGAUGUAUGUAUGUAAAAUCAUGGCAUUGCUUAAAAGUUUUUGUUUUUUUAUGUAAAUUGUCAUGAAAUGGUAAAGAGCUUAUCAUGUGACAGAUUUUCAUGUAAGCUGGCCUUGAAACAUCUUGGAGAUAAGGUUUUUGAAAAUAAUGCAUUACCCAUUGAGAAAGGUUUUUAGUUGGUUGCCUUUUCAAAGUAUUAUCAUAUUUUUCACCCUAACCUUUUUUGCAAAAUUCUUUCAAAUCAUCAUCCAUGUCCUUUUGAAAAGAUUAUAUUUUGUAGUUUUGCGUUUUUCAGGCAUUAGAUUUUAUGUACCUUGGUAUAAAAUUACGUCCAGUUUAACCUUGUGUUGUUGACUAUUUCUUAAUUACUAGGCUAUUCAAGUUUUUAGAAAUAUGAAAGUUUUUUACCCAGUUUUCCUGUCUCGUUGCUCGUUGUGUAGUAAUGGAGUAAUGGAGUACUUUUGAUAGUUCUUCAAACUUAAAAAUGUUGUGGAUGGAUUUUCCAUGAUAGCAGACAAGCGAAAGCACAGCUUUGAACAAUAUUAUGAUUUGAUGACAUUAAAAAUUUGUUGUAAUAACAAAUUAAGAGAUACUUUGGUACAGCUUCUACAAUGCAGUAGAAUGAAAUGGCUGGGGUUUUAGCAAAAUGCUCGAAAUUAAGAAUCUUUGGUUACGGUUGAUGAUAUUAAAGACUUACAAAUUUUAGAAGCGUCAUUUUGACCGAGUUCGAUUAUUGUAGCGAGUCGCUAUUUUGAAGUCCAAAUAAUAAAUUUUA